AUGAAGAAGUUGUUAGUUUUAUUCUUGUCGCUAACACCGGUUUACUGCUUGGAUAUGAACAAAUUUAUCAUGUUGAACCAGAAGUUGUGUAAGUUAAUCGUGGAAAAAGUCUUGUCAGGGAAGAAAUCUUCGUAUUUUACAUAAAAUCUGGCUGUGUUAUGACUGUAACUCUGCUAGUGUUUUCUCUCUAUUUUGGCCAUUAAAAAAGGAAAUACUCCUAGUGCGAUGCCGAGUUUUUGAUGAGGGCUAGCACUAGCUUAGAACAGUUUUUUUCCAGUCCAUAUAAUAUACUAAUAGCUUGCGCUUUGCGGAAACGACCAAGAUUUUUAUAUCGAAAGUUUAAGAAAAUGUGAAUUUUUUUUGCGAAUUUUGGCAUGAAAAAGCUUGUGGUUAUUUCUAAUGUAGAAGGUAAUCUUUCCUCAAAAAUUCAUUUUUUUCCAGACGAAACUGGCAAACAUACGGCCAAAAAAGUUUUUUUUUCUCUCUGACCGCUCUCCGCGUUUCACGUACUCUCUCGGCCGCAAAGAUUGUUCAAUAUCUCGGCUGUUCUUGCAAAGCGCAAGCUAAAACUUCCAGAAAUUGAUAUGUGGCCUAUGCCCGAAACGUGCGCAAACAAUAACAUUUCUGAGCGCCGCGCGAAUUUUCUUUUGACUCAAAACCAUUUACUAAUCCGUAAAAUGAACUCCCAUGCAGCAUGAAUCUAUAACAAGAAAUUUUUGAGGUAUUUAAAGCCGAAAUGUGUCAAUGGUUAUAACUUUUACUAGGCGCGAUAUAUUAAAGAUCCGUAGAAAUUGCACAGUGUGUAGAGCCCGCCUUGAAGGAAAGGGCGCGCUUUUCAAAGCGGAGUUUUUUAGCUUAGAGAAGGGAAUGGUUUGGAGUCAUUUUGAUCCCUUCCGGGAUGCUAAAGGAGACGUUUUAUGCCAUUGGAUCAGGUCCCUCACUGUAGCGACAUGCACUUUUGGGCGAUCGCACCCGCGACAUUGGCGAAGAAAAUUCUACGGACUUUAUGACGCGACUAGUAUUACGAAUUUUAUGGCUGCAGCAGACAUAUACGAGAAAUUAGGAGAGCUAUCAGAGAGGAAUUUUUGUUUGUCCGACUGCAAUUUCGAAGCAAUAAAUCAGACAAGAUAUCUCAGAACCCCGAACAGUUACGUUUGUGAAACUUAUAAGGUCAAAUUCUCAGAAAAAUCAAUCAUUUCGAAAUCUAUUUAUAUUUAUCAAAUUUUAGGCGGAAAUCCGUUUUCGGAAGCCCAAUGGAUCCCCGUCCUGGAUAUGUGCGAAAAGGAAUGUAAAGAAGACGAACUUUGCGUGGAGAACGACGACCUGGAACAGCGCUGUAACAAGUGUAAGUGCACGCGAUAUUAGCGGAAAUUAAGAUGAUUUAUAUUUAUGUAAUUGUUGACAUAAUUACACUUGUGAAAUUUUAAAAUACGUCUUCUGAAAUAUCGCGUUUUUUUAGUGCCCAAGGAAUGCGUAGAAGCGUACAAACAUCAGAUGAAGAUGAAGGAAACGGGGCAGUCGCAGGAUGAUGGGAUGAUUUUGGAGCCCCUGAGGCGACGAGUCAUUGAGAUGAUGGCGAGGAAAUGA